AUGACUACAACCCUAAGCGACAACCCUUUGACGAGACGAAGUCUUGAAUGGGACGCGUGUAUAUAUAGGGAUAUAGGGACCAUUCACCUCCGGUCGGGCUGCAUCUUAGCAAAAAAAACAGAGAGUGCGGUGACCACCUGUGACUGUUCAGUGCCUUGCACCCUGGCGGAUUUAAAAAGUGACUCAGUUCGGAGGUGGGUAGACAGCCAGCCCUCGCCCACUCUCCCCAAAGACAAUUCGAAGCCCUUCAAGGGCAGCACCAUCAACAACAACACCUUGGACUUCUGGAGCCCCACCUGCAGCAUGCCGAUGCUGCUGCAGCAGCCGCCCGGUCACGUGAUCCUCUCCUCGCACGAGACCGACCAACCGUUGGACUUCACCAUGUCGAAGUUCAAGACCAAAGGUUCCGCGACGGUCGCCUCGCAGCUGAAGCAGUUCGGCAGCUUCACUGCCCAGCAGCAGAUGAUGCUGCUGCAGAACAACGGGCUGUACUACAACAGGAGCAACAAUAAUAAGAGCUUCACGAGGGGCAGUACGCCGUCUUCGAGUAGUUCUGAGGAGGAUGGAGUGGGACCGCCGGUUGGGUCCCCUAGGUCGCCGCCCUUGAGUCCCCUACAGCCCAGGAGAGAUGGACUACACUUGCUAGAGAACAUUACGGGAGAUCCGAAUCAGUAUGAAUGA